UAUAUAUUAUUUAUAAUAGAAAGACAAUUUUCUUACACUCAUUUAAAACUCGAGUAUACAAAAUAUAAAACAGAGGUUAUGAUUUUAUAUUAUUAAUUAUUUAAUAUAUAAUAAUAUCAUAUAUUUAAUUAUUUAUUGAAAAUAUAAUGAUUAUUAAGUUAUGAUAUUAAUGAGUAAUUAUAAAUGUCCAUGAUGAUGGGCACUACCUCGGGUGUUGAAGAAUCCUAUCAGCGAGCGCAGGAUAUGAUAAAUCAAGUGUCAAAAAAUUUGAAAGAUGGAUUUGAAAAAACUUCGUCGUCGUUUAUGCAAAAAAGUCUGGCUGGUCAUUCUAAACAUAGCAUACAUGCGAGAUUGACGCGGCUUUAUUUUGAAGAGCUGUCUAAAGUACCCCAUGCUACACCUGAUUCUGUAUUGUAUAAUUUAGAAAAUGAAUGCGACCUACUUGGUAGACUUGUACAAAGAGAAGGUUUACAUACGCUUAUUGUUAAUCUUUAUUCCGGUAAUAAAGGAUACUCAUUAGCUGUAAGAAAUAACAAUAAAAAUGAUUUUGAUAAAAAUUCAUUCGCGGAAACCCAACUGAUGGGUUACGAACAAGGGGAAUUAUUGUCAUGUAUCGACAAUGGCCAAUUACCGUCAUCUUUAGCAGAGCAAUUGGAGUACACAAAUUCCCAUUUAUUUUACGACGGCUGUAUUAUUGCCGAAGUACGGGACUAUCGUAAAAAUUUAUUCCACGGUAAAGCGGAAGUUCAUCAUGUGUUACUUAAACCGACAACCCAAAGUAUAUUAACCGACAUAAAUACAUUAACAAGUGACGGUGAUUGGAGUCAUGAAGAUCGAUUACUUCUCGAAUCACGUUUACUUCAAGUAACUCAGGGUCCACUUUGUCUAGAUCCAGAUCCAGCGCCAAGUAUAGCUGCCGCUCGUGUUCGUUCAUCCCGUUCUAUUUGUACAGACACAAGUUUGCAACGUCAGGCUAAGAAAUAUUCCCAAGUAACAGUUAAUCGUAAAAGAAAACUCGAACAAUUGUCGUCAGCAAAUGAAGGAGUGACAAUACAAGAUUUGAUGCAACGUAUUCGUGCUAAACGCGGCCAAUCACUGACGACAUCUUGUCCAGCUCCCAAAUUAAUAAGUCCACCGUUGCUACCACCAUCGUCACCAAUAGAUGUCCUUACGUACGCGAAAGCUUAUGAACGUCCGCGUGAAACAAAAGACUGCUUACCCCAAUUAAUUGAAGAAUACAUACUCGAGACUGAACGCGGACAAGGUCGCGUUUAUCACAUCAAAUUAUCGAUUCUCCAACGGCCAUCUAAUUCCGAAUACUUGGGCGAAUUGUACGUAGAUCGGGAUUACCGUGAAGGAGAACGCAACGGUUCGGCUUGUCGGUUUACUCUUGGAACCCGGGUUCAAGCGAAUCAUUACAUGCAGCAGUUCACUGAAAUAUUUACUGAGGAAGGCCGUAAAAAUGUCCGUAUCAAACAUGUCGUACCAGGACAACCCGCGCGCGUUACUUGUACCCCUGGUAUGCAAAGACAUCAGGCUGCUCAAGCUGCCCAAGCGGCUCUUGCUGCUCAAAUCCAAGCUCAGAAUGCUGCUGCUGCCCAAAUAAUAUCACGUGCUCAGGGACAAUUGAACAACUUGGGACAAGUUAUUAAAAUAAAUGAUGACCAGCAGCUUCAGGUUCAGCAGCAGCAGCAAAAUGGCGUUGAUGAUAAUCAAGUUAACGGGUCGGGUAUACUAGUAUUUCAAAAAUCAGUUAAUAAUGUUCAGAAGGUGCCGGUACUGCAGGCAGCGUUAGCAGCGCCGUCUCACGGCGAAUCAAGUCAAGACGGUAGUUUUAAAAGAAAUUCAAAUCCAGCUAUAAGUGCAUUAGUUACGUCAUUAAUGAAUUCUGCUCAACAAUUUCAACAAAGUCAACAGGCUGCUGCUGCCGCUGCAGCACUUAAUAAUGUUAAUAACGUUAACGCGAUUCAACAACAGGUCCAAGUUCCUCAGGUACAAGUGUCGCAGGUUCAAGUUCCUCAGGUACAAGUCCCCCAGGUACAAGUGCCGCAGGUUCAAGUACCACAAAUUCAACAAGUACCGCAGGUUCAAGUACCGCAAAUCCAACAAGUACCGCAACAGGUGCAAGUUCAGCAGAAAAAUAACAAUGCAGCUAUAUUAAGUUUACUAAAUAGUCCUAAUUGUAGUCAACAAAAAACGCGUAGGAUAUCAUUGAAUGCUUCUAUACCACAGCGUGUAUUGGGUCCUGGAAAUGUUAUAACAGUUCCUAAUACUACAGGACAGGUGCGGGUGAGCUUUAGUUCCGCGUUGACAAGUCAGUUUGCUAAACAACAGCAACCGGUUAAAGCCACGGCUGUGAGAUUACACGCUUUAUUGGCGAAUACGCCCUCUGCUGACAACCCGGUACCGAGUAUGAACAACAAUAGUUCGCUGUUGGAAAGAUUAACCAGUCAAGGAAGUGCGCCGGUUAGUCCAAUGACGAGUCCUCCACCGGCAGCUACUAUUCAAGGUGUUAAUUUAACUAGUCUACCGAAUACCAUCAAUGGGUUACAGAACGUACAAGUUUCUUUUCCGGGUCUGAGUUCUCCCAUUACGAUGCCUAUCAAUGUGUCGGCUGCUACUGCUUCGGUUACACCUUCCGGUGUUAUUGUUUCCUUACCGAUUUCAUCUGCUAGCAAUAUUUGUACUACUGUUUCUAGUAUGGUCGCUGCUACGGUUGCUGUUACAACAGCAGUUGCGGGGUCUAAUCCAACUGUUGUAAUAGCCAAUCCUGCCAAUACUCAUUUAUCAUUGCCAAUAGUUGGUAUUUCAGCUCAAAUUAUACCAUCGGGUGUUAAAAAUUUAACACACCAAAAUAUACGUAAUACUAAUGCUGUAACACUUUCUCAGGGUGGACAAGCGAUACAAUUAGUGGGAUCACAAAGACCGCGUCUUAAUCAAUUAACACGACAAGUACAAGCUAAUCAAGUUAAAUCAGCAGUUCUUCCUAAUCAAUUGGUAACUGUCGCUAAAACAGUUACUGCUAGCCAAUUGAUAUUAUCUGGUAAUAAACAAGUGUUAACUCCAAUCAUGGCAUCAAAACCAGUGCUUAUGGCGACUCAAGCAACGCCGUCUUCCCAAGCUGUACCUGCAAACAAACAUACACUCCUUACUAAAUCAUUACAUGCGCGUGCUAAUGUUAAUAAUCAAGUAGUUAAUCAACAAACUCAGGGCAUUAACGUUGCCAGUAUAUCACAGCAACAGUUACAACAAAUACAACAAUGUUUGGCAGCUCAACAAAAAGCCGCAGUUGCUAGUAACUCUCCAAAUCGAACUCAAAUCCAACCUCGAAGCUCCGCAACGUCAGCUCCUGGAGACGAAUCACUCUGAAUGUUCAAUUUUAUUUUUUUUAUUUAUAUUUAUAAUUUUUUCUUCUCUCCUCUAUCUAAUAUUAUUUUUAUCUCAUUUUCUAUUCACAA